AUGAACAAGGACGAAAUCCAGGUGGCCUACGAAUUGGCCCUGGAAAACGACAAGCGCUUUACCGAGGAGCUUUUUUUCGAGAAUUUGCAAACUUUUCGGAAUUUACCGCAGACCUCUGCCCCUUACAACAUCUCAGACUUUCCAGUUUUCCUUAAAAAGCUCAGCGCAUCAAAGUAUUUCGGGAUACUCCAAGAAUCCUCGGGAACCCAAUAUGCCUUUCUGAGGGAUCAAGAGACGAUAAACCAAUUGCAAAAGCUUCAACCGGCAGAAUAUUCAGUUUAUUGCCUCGUAGAAACUGCUGGAAACAAGUCGAUUUGGUCGGCUGAUAUCAAGAGGAUCACAGGGUUAUCGGUAAGUUUAAUGGUCCAGAGGAUUACAAAGAACCUUUCUGAGGGACUACGUUUAAUAAAGCCAGUUCGUAGCAUUCGAUACAAAAAUCGCAGAUUAUACGUUUUAUCGCAUAUAGAGCCCGCAGACGAGAUAAGCGGCGGGGCAUUUUACUAUGAUGGAGAAUUUAAUGAAGUACUUGUGGAGGGUAUGAAGGAUCAAGUUGCCAUGUAUCUCUCCAAAAAUAUGGGUCGUACACUAACGCAGAUUACAGAUUAUCUGAAAUCCUCAAAUACAAUUCAAGGAGACCUUUUGGAAGAAAACGUACUGGCAGUUGUCAACUUGCUCGUUCUAGAGAAUAAAGUUUUUAGCGGCAUUCUUGAAAAUGGAAAGUGCAUUUAUAUUUGGUCCGGAGCUUCCGAUCCAAAGUUUGCAGAAGACGCCUUUUCUACACCAUGUUUCAGUUGCAAUUUAGCGGAUGAGUGUCGCCUUGGAGUUCAGGAUAAAUUUUGUCCCUCAAAUUGUGAUUUUCUGAGCAAGUGGCUUGGAACGUCAACAUAG